AUGUCUAAACAGCCCCAUGAUAAUCAUUUCUUUUGGGAAAAUCAGACAUGGGUAGUUUCGUCCACUUCUGAUAAUAAUACUAGCACUACAGAGAAGAAGAAGAACAUGGCUGAUCAAGAUUGUAAUAUUAAAAAUAAUAAUAAGAAGAGAAAGAUUAUAAUUAAUGGGAAAAAAAGUGAUCAUAGUAGUGAAGAGAAAGAAGAAAAAGAAGGUGGUGGGGGUGAAUCUGAUCAUGAAAUUCAUAUUUGGACUGAAAGAGAAAGAAGAAAAAAAAUGAGGACUAUGUUUUCUAAUCUUCAUGCUUUGCUUCCUCAGCUCCCUCCUAAGGCUGACAAGUCCACCAUUGUUGAUGAGGCAGUGAACUACAUAAAAACUCUACAACAAACUCUUCAAAAACUACAAAAACAAAAAUUACAAAAGCUACAAGGUGGUGCAAUUGCAACAAAUUUGAAUAAUGAGCCACCACCACCAUUGAUAGCAGAAUCUAGGGAGGCAUUUUUAGCUGAUCAGCAAGGAUCUUUGUCCAAUAAUAAUAUUAUUACAGACAACAAUAAUAAUAAAAUUGAAAGAUAUGAUCCUGUGAUGUUCCAAACAUGGACUUCUUCUAAUGUUGUAUUGAACAUUUGUGAUGGUAAAGCACAAAUUAGUAUAUGUUCUUCAAAGAAGCCUGGUCUCUUCACUACUAUUUGCUAUGUGUUGGAGAAGCACAAUAUUCAGAUUUUGUCUGCUCAUCUUUCGUCGGAUUCGAAUCGAAGCACGUACAUGAUUCAGGCACAUGUAAAUGGAGGUUUGAAUCAAUUUGCAGAGUCAAUUCCAGUGGAAGAAAUAUACAGAGAAGCUGCAAGUGAGAUAAUGUGCUGGGUAUCUUCUUGAUCGUCAUACAUUUGAAUAU